UUACUAUGUAUAAUGAUGCGGGCUGUUUGAGUGACCUCUCACAAAUGCAGUCUUCCCAACUCACUCAAUCAUGUAUCCAUUAAAGAACACUCACUCACACGCACAUACACAAAACAGUCUUUCAAGCUCUUGAAACAAGACCCGUUGGACAGCUGAAUGGACGACUGGCAGCAGACACGACAGGGAAGCUGUUGGGGUAGAGAGGAGAGGAAGGCAUGGUAGAACAGCUGACUGGCUGCAGAGGGGGGAGGAGAUGUGGAGGAAAGGCCUCUUUGGCGUUAGUCUGUAUCAAGAACACCAAGCAGUUAAGUGCUUCUAAAAAUGCCGCACAUAAACAUAUUUAGCGAAAUAAAUAUGGCAAUAUUAUUGUUAGAAAGACCUCUCAUAAACUAAAGCCACAAUAAUAAACAUACUGUAAAAUUAAUACCUUUGGAUAGAGCUUUUCUAUUCAGUCUAAUUAGAUUGCGCAGGUGUACAAAUGUUGUGGUUGGAGUAAAGUAAUUAAAAGACGUGAUUGGUGACUAUUAAUCUUGGUAAAUGUUUAGUAACCCGGGUUAAAAAAAACUCAAUGAGGUGGAGUCAUAGGUCAAACAGAGGAGAUGAUGGGAGGCGGUGGGAGGACACAGAGGACGUGUCGGGGUGACAGUGGGUGUGGCAAAGCUACAAAUAGCCGCGCUUGCUGCUUGGCGUUUCUUCACUUGGUUCCUCUCCCAGUUGCCCAGCAGGACAGUUGGGUCUCGGCCUCUCAAGCAGCUCCAUCACACCACAAAAUCAAACCAGCAGCCAUGAGCAAGUCCUAUUCCUCCUCGGCUCAGACGGCCUCCUCUUACCGCCGCACCUUCGGUUCUGGGGUCGGUUCAUCCCCGAUGUCUUCCCUCUUCUCCACUCACGGAGGUGGCCGCGGCUCUGCCUCGAGCCAUAUGUCUACUCGAGUCUAUGAAGUGAAGAGCAGCAGUGUUCCCUCCUUUUCCAGCUACAGGGUCUCAUCUGGGGGUGCCGGCCUGGGCGCCUCCACAGCCAUGCGCACUUAUGGCGAGAAACUUGACUUCAACCUGGCCGAUGCCAUGAACCAAGACUUCCUCAACACAAGGACCAACGAGAAGGCCGAGCUUCAACAUCUAAACGACCGUUUUGCCAGCUACAUCGAGAAGGUCCGUUUCCUGGAGCAGCAGAACGCGGCGCUGACGGUGGAGAUUGAGAAGCUGAAGGGCCGUGAGGGACCCGGCCGUGUGGCUGAGAUGUAUGAGGAUGAAAUGAGGGAGCUGAGGAGGCAGAUAGAAGCUCUGUCCAACCAGCGUGCCCGUGUGGAGGUGGAGAGAGACAACCUGGCCGACGACUUGCAGAAACUGAAGCUCAGACUACAGGAGGAGAUUCACCAGAAGGAAGAAGCUGAGAACAACUUAUCUGCCUUCAGAGCUGAUGUAGACAAUGCCACUCUGGCCAGGCUGGACCUGGAGAGACGCAUCGAGAGUCUGCAAGAAGAAAUUGCAUUCCUCAAGAAGAUACACGAGGAGGAGAUCCGUGAGCUGCAGAGCCAGAUGCAGGACACUCAGGUGCAGAUCCAGAUGGACAUGUCCAAACCCGACUUGACUGCCGCUCUGAGGGACAUCCGCAUGCAAUAUGAGGCGAUCGCAGCCAAGAACAUCUCAGAGGCCGAGGACUGGUACAAGUCUAAGGUCUCGGAUCUGAACCAAGCUGUCUCCAAGAACAACGAUGCCCUUCGUCAAGCCAAACAGGAUAGCAUGGAGUACAGACACCAGAUCCAGUCCUACACCUGCGAGAUUGACUCACUCAAGGGAACAAAUGAGUCUCUGCUGCGCCAGAUGAGGGACAUUGAGGACCGCAUGGGACGUGAGGCUUCCGGUUACCAGGACACGAUUGCACGUCUGGAGGAGGAUAUUGCCAAGAUGAAGGAUGAUAUGGCCCGUCACCUGAGGGAGUACCAGGACCUGCUCAAUGUGAAAAUGGCCCUGGAUAUUGAGAUUGCCACCUACCGCAAGCUGCUGGAGGGAGAGGAAAGCAGGAUCACCACAACUAUUCCUGUCCAGUCCGCCUAUUCUUCCAUUGGAUUCAGAGAGACCAGCCCCGAGUCUCAGCCUCAGCGCCCUUCUGAGGUGCACUCAAAGAAGACCGUUCUCAUCAAGACCAUCGAGACCCGCGAUGGAGAGGUUGUCAGCGAGUCCACACAGCACCAGCAGGACAUCAUGUAAGCAGAAGUCGACGACAUAACAGCCAUUAUUUACAAAAAAGGACAAAAAAAGAGAAACUACAAGCAUCCUCCCACUACAGUGUAUUGGUUUUUGAAAAAAGCCUAUUUUUAGAUACAAGAUGAAGCCAUUUUCUAAAAUUCUGCACCAGUAUUUAUGCUUAAACAGGAUUUAUUAGAACUGGCAAAAGCCUCCAGAGAAGCUUCAAUGCAUGACACAUGGUGAGAGAGAACAGUCGGCGCACAUAUUCCACGUUUUGUUAGUGCAAAAUUAGCAUUUUGUGCCAUUGUGGGCGACGAGAGCAAUGUGGGAAGACGGUGUUUAAAAAUGUCAAGCAACAUGAGCGUCUAAUGAAAAAGGAGAUAAGCCAUGUGUGUGACAUUUGAUCCGGGCCGUGUGCUGAGAGCGUGUGAUUGUAUGUGCAUGGGCGACCAUGUGGUGCCGCUUCACCCUGCCUAAAAAUGUCAAAUAAAGACAUUUAUUACCACGA